AAGCCCCUUAUUGUUGCUUUCACUUCUUGAUUAUUGCCGUGCAAGAUCUUUAUAUUUUAUUCGAGUCGCGAGUAACGCGAUCGAGCCGCGGACCCGGAAAGUUAUUGUAGCACAUUAUCCGAUGCGAUAAAAUUUGUUGUUUUCGUACAAACAGUGCUGACUCGGAAUUAAGAUAAAAGUGAACAAAAUACCUCAUCGAGUGUGUUGUUUUGAACUUGGAUGAUAACGCUCUGCUUUGCCCAUGGACCCAUCAACCGCCAAUCAGGAACCGAAAAUACCUCCGCCACCCUGUGAAACCAACCAGGAUGAUUUGCCGCCCAUUGGAUCGCCAAAACAACCGAUGUCCUCAAUGUUCAGCACGAAACAUUCUACAGAUCGUUUGAUCUGUAAAACACCUCAAGGGUCUACGACUGGUUCCGUAGCUACCACGAAAGAAAAACUGAUGACUCCCAAUAGGGUGUUAAUGUUGUUGGGAGUUCUUCAAUUUUUAUUUGGGUUUAUAAUGGUACUUUUUGGAGUUUAUGUCAUCGCUUAUAAGGCCAGUCUAAGUAAUCUUGGUGGCGGUAUCUGGGGCGGCAUUUUAGCGAUGACGACCGGGAUCAGCGGCACCCUGGCAUCCGCCAAACACUUUUGCCCUUUUAAACAGUCGGCGCAGCGAAUGGCCCACACAACCUUCUUGGCGCUCAGUUUGAUAAGCAUCGCCGUCAGUCAACUGGUCGUGUUUAUCGCCAGCACCGGAUUAACCAGAGACUUUAACAGUCAAGAAUUCCGAGAAGGGAUGGCAAAAGUGCAAAAUAUGACAACAUUCGAAAAAAUUACCAGUGAAAUACCGCAAAACUACAAAGGUAUACUUUUUAACAUAGGCCUUAUAUUGGUCUCUAGUUUGGAAUGUAUUACUGCCGCAGUGGCUUCCUAUAGAAGUUCCAGGGAGAUUUGCCCGUGCUUUAGGAAAAAUGAAGAUUUUUAUCAGGACAAUCUGAACGUACACCGAAGCCACGCUUUAGUCAGUUCAUGGUUAAUGGAGAAACAUGGAUCCCCAGCAUCAGUACCUGCAUCGCAAAUUUAUGUGGUGGCUCCCUCCUCUACUUUGGGAAGACGAAGUACUAAGAUGCCUGGGACUGUGCCGAUGCCAGUAUAUGCACUUCCGCCGUCCAUGGUGCAACCUCAAAUGGUCGGUUACCCUCUGAUUCCUGCUCCCCUUGGCCCAGUACCGUCUCCACCGAUUCAGUCGACCAUCAAUCGAAAAAUUUGCAAAAUGCACAAGCACCGUUACGAAAAGUCCAAAUCGAAGUCCCGGUCAAAAUCCCGAAGUAGAGAGCCAACUCCCAAUAAAUCUCGUGCCUCCAGCAGAGAACCGCAAAUAACCGAGAAAGAUGUAGCGAGCACUUAUACAGGUUUAGAUAGGGCGAUAGCGGAAGAGUUUAUCGAUAUAUGUGACUUGAAACAUGCCAGUUUGUCGAGCAGCGAUAGCAGCAGUUGCAGGGGCAGCCCCAGGAGCUUUUCUACAAACGGACGUCACAGUAACAGCGACGCUAACUCGCAAGAUUGUUUAUUAAAUAAGUAAACUAUACGUUUUUAACCAGUAUGUAUUUUGUAUAUAAAAUAUUUCAUAUUUAAGACUUUAUUAGUGUUUGUGUACUUUUCAACAUAAAAAUGCUCAAUUAAAAACUCCUUUAUAUAUAAAGGAUAACAUUUAUAUAGAUAUUAGUUCAUAUG